UAUAAAUACAAAGUAAAAUUAUGUAUCUAUAGCCACACAACUACAAUAACAAAUACAACACGUUUACCGUAUUUUCGCUCUAUAAGACGCACUUUUUCCCCCCCAAAAAAGGGGGGAAAAUGUCAGUGUGUCUUAUGGAGCGAAUAUAAAGCGGCCGGUCCGGUAUUUCUGCCACCACCAUGUCAGAAUACCGGGCCGGCCGCUCAGCUGUUCUCUCCUGCAAGGCCUUACCUGUUCCUCGUUCCAGCGCUGCACAGUCUUCCCGCGCUGGCUUCUGUGACAGCCGGGUGCCCACUGCGCAUGUCCUGCGCUUUGCGCCGGGCGAUUCACAAAGCGCAGUGCUUCUCGCGCAUGCGCAGUGGGCACCCGGCUGUCACAGAAGCCGGCCCGGGAAGAAGAGGGAAGGACAACUCUGCGGAAGUGGGAGCGGGUACCUGUCAAAUUCAGGUACCCACUCCCCCUCCCUCCCCAAAGGUCAGCAGUCUCUGGUCAUCCCUGCACUGUGUCCGCAGUCUCUGGUCAUCUCCUGCACUGUGUCCGCAGUCUCUGGUCAUCUCCUGCACUGUGUCCGCAGUCUCUGGUCAUCUCCUGCACUGUGUCCGCAGUCUCUGGUCAUCUCCUGCACUGUGUCCGCAGUCUCUGGUCAUCUCCUGCACUGUGUCCGCAGUCUCUGGUCAUCUCCUGCACUGUGUCCGCAGUCUCUGGUCAUCUCCUGCACUGUGUCCGCAGUCUCUGGUCAUCUCCUGCACUGUGUCCGCAGUCUCUGGUCAUCUCCUGCACUGUGUCCGCAGACUCUGGUCAUCUCCUGCACUGUGUCCGCAGUCUCUGGUC